CACCAGCAUCCCAAGUAUUCGUGGCUCCGGACCGUCGUGAUACUCUUUUCUGGGCUCCACCAGAUAAUGCAAGUGUCAAUAUGGUCUGAUGAAAAAAACCCUGUGCAGACACAAGCCUUCUUAAUCUCCAGCCAAUCAUGCAACCAACAACUGAUCUGGGGAUCAGCGGCUCUGACGACAAACCGAACCACCGGUGAUAUCGAUCUCUGAUCCCAUCUAAAAUGUUCGACGUCGUCUGAUCUCACUCCUCUCCCCUCCUCUCCAUCUCGACAAUCUCGACGCGGGUCCGACGCAAGUUCUCCAGACCAAGCCCAUGGUCCAUCCAGAGCCGCAGGUUGACUAAUGGGACUGAGUGAUUCUUUGGGUCUUGGAGAUAACGAUGGGGCACAAGAGUCUUGGGAGGGCGCGAAGCCCAGCCUUGGUAAACCACCGCUCAGCCUUGGCUCUCCUACAAAUCUCUACUUCCCGCCAUGGCAUUUUGUCUCUCCGCUGUUGCAAUUCGCCGCUGUCCGAUCCUCUUGGCUUCGACCCUGUGCCCGUUGCUUGUGCCGGAGUCGAUCAACUCGCUUCUCAUUGCCUCGAUCUCCUGUCAUUGCCCAGACCUUUGGAGAUAAGGGCGUUCGCCGACGAAUUAUCACACUGUCUUGACUCGGCCGCCGACGAUACUGUCAGGCGACUGUCUAUCACGAUCUAAUGGCUCGAACUCGCCAGCCAUUAUAAAAUUCUUCGUUCGCCCGUCCAUAGACGACUGGGUUGUACUAAGUGGCAGACCUCGUACUUCCAGCCCUCGUGCGACAAUCAUCUCGCCGCUUGCAUCUAUAUACUACUAGGUCCUUUUUCGCCAAACGACUUCACCAUGUUCGAAGUCGACAGAGAUGCCCUGGGCAUCCGCCCUCGACAGGGAUUCGGUCAACGCUUGCAACGGGCUCGCAAGGCACUCACGACCAGAGAUGGUCUAAUUGGAACAUAUGAUUAUGCCUUCCUCUUCCGACCUAACAUCCCAUUUAUGAAAAGGGCACGAAAACCAAGUCCCUUCUUCGGUCUCCACGAUGCCUUACCUACAGUGUUGGCCCUUUUGCUCGGCUUUCAACAUGCCCUUGCCAUGUUGGCUGGUGUUGUCACUCCCCCGCUCAUGAUGUCUAGCGCCUCUGGUGUCAAUCUGGACCUGGAAUCCCAGCAAUAUCUCGUUUCCACCGCCUUGAUUGUUUCGGGCAUUAUGUCUUCCAUUCAGAUCACCCGCUUCCACAUCUGGAAGACCCCUUACUUUGUUGGUACUGGCAUGAUCUCUGUCGUGGGAACUUCGUUUGCUUUUAUUCCCGUUGCAACGGGUGCUUUCAAUCAGAUGUAUGCCACAGGAUUCUGCCCAACAGAUGACGAGGGAAAUCGUCUCGCCUGCCCUGAUGGAUAUGGUGCCCUUCUUGGCACUUGUGCUCUGUGUGCCCUGAUCGAGGUGAUGAUCUCCUUCUUGCCGCCUCGUGUCAUUCGACGAAUCUUCCCUCCAAUUGUCACUGGCCCCGUUGUCAUCUUGAUUGGUGUCUAUCUCAUCCGAUCAGGCUUCCGUAACUGGGGUGGUGGAAGCAACGCUUGCUACAAUCAACCCGAGACAGGCUUCUUCCAAUUGUGCCCCAAUAUCAAUGCUCCAAGAGCAGCUGUGUGGGGCAGCGCCAACUUUGUCGGUCUUGGAUUCCUUGUCUUCGUGACCAUUAUUUUCUGCGAGAGAUUCGGGUCUCCCAUCAUGCAAUCAACCAGUGUUAUCCUCGGCCUCUUGGUCGGCUGUAUUGUUGCCAGCGCGACUGGAUACUUUGAUGAUACGGGUAUCACCAAUGCUCCUGCAGCAUCGUUCAUCUGGGUCAAGACGUUCAAGCUGUCCAUCUACGGGCCACUCGUCCUUCCUCUGCUGAUGGUGUUUGUCAUUUGUGCCUGCGAGGCUAUUGGCGAUAUCACCGCGACAUCGGAUGUGUCCAGGCUGGAAGUUACCGGACGCUUGUUCGAGAGUCGAGUCCAAGGUGGCAUCCUGGCUGAUGGUCUCAACGGCAUCAUCGCCCCCUUGGCUACCAUCACUCCGAUGGCGACAUUCUCGCAAAAUAACGGCGUCAUUGCUCUCACGCGGUGUGCCAACCGCAAGGCUGGCUACUGCUGCUGCUUCUUCUUGAUCCUGGCAGGCAUCUUUGCCAAGUUCUCCGCUGCCCUGGUGGCUAUUCCACCUCCUGUUCUGGGAGGUAUGACUACCUUCCUCUUCGCAGCAGUCAUGGCAGCAGGUUUCGCAAUUUUGUGUCGCGUGCCGUUCAACCGACGAACACGUUUCAUCGUCACCGCAUCUAUGGCGCUCGGUGUUGGCGCCACCGUGGUGCCUGGCUGGUUCAGCAAUGUCUUCACCUAUUCCGGAGACAAUAGCGGCCUCCGCGGCUUCUAUAGCGCCAUCACCUUGGUUUUGGAGACUGGCUUUGCCGUCUCUGCAUUGAUUGGUGUCAUCUUGAACCUUACCCUGCCUGAAGAGGUUGAAGAGCUCGAAGAAGAAGACCUUGCUGCUGCAGGAGCCAAGCCUCAAUCUUCAAGCUCGCUUGAUGAGCCACAUCCAAAGGACGAGGGUUCUGACUUCACUCAGGCCAACCCACGGGCGUUGAAAGACGAUGAGGAAGCCUGGACGACAGCAAGAACUGAGCCAGAAAUCCACGGCAAACCCGUUGCAUAAAGAAAGAGGCUAUUUUGGUUCUGUUGAUCUCAAGAUCAACAAGAUCGAUCACCCUUGCCUCUUUUUGUCCACCCGUCGACCUCGCCGACCUGGUCGUUGUCUGUAGCUGCUCGCUCUUGCAAGCGAAAUGAUAAAGCACAUGAGUCGCUUUAGUCGUUCAAUAUACCAUGUAUAUGUUUACUAGUAUGCCAUUUAUAAUUUUGCC